AGUGACUGACUGCUCAUAUGAACACAGAGCACUCACACACAGAGCCUCUUACAGAGUGGACCUCGUCUUCUCCUGUGUUCUCUGUUAUUAGUGCUGAGGAAAUACACAAAUACCAAAAGCGUAUAUCUUCAACGAAAGCUUCGGGUUUGUUUCUUUGGUUUUCUUUCAUCAAGUGGUAAGCUCUUUGACGCAACGAAAGACCACCACCGACUGACGGGAUGGCGUUUUGCAAGGUUAUCACGGUCACCAGUUAUCUUCUAUUGGUAUCCUACGGGAUAGGGCUGGGUCAGAAGCAUACAAUACCUGAGUGCAAACGUUCACUUAAAGAACAGCAAGAAGCAGGAGAUGUUGAUUCAUCUGAUCUGGAACAUUAUCUCAAGCUGGCAACCUAUGGAAUGUAUAAAUCUGUAAUCAAGAACAGGGCCUUCUCCAAGGGCAAAGGGAACCCUGGGCACAAGGGUUACGUUGAAGCGGACCACAUCCCACCCCUGGACUCCCUGAAUAGGGCUAAGAAAGAGCCUGAUUUUCAGGAGCUGGAAAGGAUAAAUCCGGCCCUUUAUGAUAUGGUGAUGAGCCUGGAGAACGAUCCGCGGGGGAUGAAACUCUUCGCCAUCCAGGUCACCAAACACCACCACGGGGCCGCUCUGUCCACCGGCAUCAGUAGAGAGUCUCAGGCCGUCAGGGGUGUUCUCGCACGUAGAAUUGCAAGAGGAGAAGCGGUGCCAAUGUUGAAGCAAGCCAUGAUGAUCGCCCACCCAUUUGUUUCCCAGAGUAUGAGAGACGAAGCAGAAAUAUCGAGACGUCCCCCUGAAAACAAAUGCUCACUUUCAGAAGCUAGAACGACGAAAAUCUACAAAAAGGGCUUUCUGGGAUUGAUCGAUUUUAACUACAAUGGACCAAAAGUCAUCACUGAGGAAGAGAGGGAUGAGCUGAAGGAUUAUGUCAGUCAACAUUAUGCCCUAGGUGGAAACUUUGACAAAGAUUCCAUAGAAUACCAAGAGAUCCUUGAAACUGUGAAAAGAUUCACUCCCGAGACAAAUUCACUACCGAGACAAAAAGGGAUUAAAAAAAUAACAAAAAGGGUUGGAAAACACACCAUCAAAAAACAAAACAGGCAUGUGUUUCCGCGUUUAGCAAGGGUUUCGCAAGUACGUCCACACCAGAAGCGACCAAAGCGUCAAAGACGCUUUGGUCGCUCAUAAAGUUUCGCUGCGAAUAUUUCUGUUCGCUUUGUUCGCUCAUGACGU